GUAUAUAUCCCCUUCCAUUCCGCUCCAUACCCGCUAGCCCUAGUCUUUAUCUUUCUUCAUCCCAACAAGCUUCUCUCGCUUCAGCUUCUCUAAAUCCCGUAAAUCCUCGUUCCAACGGGAUUUACUAAAUCUGGUUUUAGGCAAAACGAAGGAGAAACGGGUUCAAGAUCCCGUGGGAUUCAAAGUUUUCUUUGGCUGGAUAUAGGUUAAAUUCUGCUUAAAUUCUGCUUAAAUCCUGCUACUAAGAGUUGCUCGCUGCCAUGUGGAGAAGCGCCGUGACGAGGAGUCUCAUUCUCCUUCCCUCUCGCAGUGCAAACCGCAACCCUAGUCUUACCCCAGUGUCCUGCUUUGCACGUCAUUCCAUUGCGCCCUUUCUUGCUUCUUCCUACUUCAGUGAUAGCUCUGUAGGGCUUGAGAGUUGUCUACCCCAAUUUUCCCGACUCCAUUCCGCGGCAGGUCCCUGGAAGCCGGAGUUCGGAAAGCUUUCCAUCCGAAGGAGAGUACCUAUAGGCUCCGCCGCAGCCACCGCUGAUCCCGCUGCUGAGGCGGAGGUGGUGCUGGGAUCUUGGGGGUAUGCUCCGGCGUUACUAUUCCAGAAGGUCAGGGGCAUCUCUGAGGUUGUCAAUCACUAUGGUCGAUGCUACUGGGAGCUCUCCAAAGCACGUCUCAGCAUGCUUGUGGUUGCAACUUCUGGAGCAGGUUAUGUUCUGGGAAGUGGACAUGUUAUAGACGUUGUUGGCCUUUGUUGUACUUGUGCUGGGACCAUGAUGGUUGCUGCUUCCGCUAACACUUUAAAUCAGGUUUUUGAGGUACAAAAUGAUGCCAAAAUGAAACGUACUAGGCAGAGACCCUUACCUUCAUGUCGUAUUGGUGUUGCUCAUGCAGUCAUGUGGGCAUCCAGUAUGGGGUUUUCUGGCACAACUUUGUUGGCUUGGAAGGCUAAUUACUUGGCCGCUGGGCUUGCGGUUAGUAAUCUAUUUCUUUAUGCUUUUGUUUAUACUCCCUUAAAGCAAAUUCAUCCGGCUAAUACGUGGGUUGGAGCAGUUGUAGGUGCUAUUCCUCCACUCCUUGGGUGGGCUGCUGCUUCCGGUGAGGUUUCACUCAAUGCCAUGCUCCUUCCAGCUGCUUUAUAUUUUUGGCAGAUUCCUCAUUUUAUGGCUCUUGCCUACUUGUGUCGCGGUGACUAUAUUGCUGGAGGGUUCAAGAUGUUUUCUUUUUCUGAUGUUUCUGGUUGGAGAACUGCAACUGCAUGCGUUUCUUUACGGAACUGCCUCUAUCUGCUUCCGUUGGGAUUUCUAGCUUAUGAUUGGGGUAUCACUUCGAAAUGGUUCGCUGUAGAGUCAUCUUUCAUGACAUUGUUAAUAGGCACAGCAGCUUUGCUAUUUCUUCGUGAGAGGACAACUAAUACUGCAAGGAGGAUGUUCUAUGCCAGCCUUCUUUAUCUCCCUUUAUUUGUAUUUAUGUCUGGCUUGCUUUUUCACAGAGUGCCAAAGACUGAAGUGGAAUCACUGCUUGUUGGAUCAAGUCCUACCGAGGAGCUUUUGAUUAAUGAAAAUGAAGAAUUCGAGGAUGAGAAUAGGAAUAUCCAACCGGCUCAUUUUCGAACGGCACGUCCGCUAAUAGCGUAUGCAUCCGCUGCUCCUUUCCCUUUCCUGCCAGCACCUACAUAUGCCUAUUCCAGCUUAUGAUCUGCUUGAAUUUUUUGCUUUAACAUCCAGUUUUAUCAUUAGGUUUUAUCAAUGAGUUUUUGUGCUCCGAAAAAACCUGAGGGAGGCCCAAUAAAAUAUCCAUUAACCUAUACGUGGUCCAAAAACAUUAAUAUGUCUUAUUCGUUUAUUUAUUUACUUGAAUAUGUUGUAGAUUUUUGUGCGUUGUCAUAUGAAUUUCUUGAUAGAAGUUCUUAUUCUCAUAAACAUGGAAACACGUACAUUUCCUGUACUUUUGUCUGGAUUGUCAAUCUUUUUCGCG